CUCACUUCGAACUGUCUAUUUGAUAGCGAUAGGCGAUAGGUAAAUUUUAGUUUAUAUUUAUUAAUUUAUUCUUAAUACUUUAAAACGAUGGCUAAUGUAAAUACCGAUUUAACUGAAGAAGAUGCCGCAGAUUUGCAGUUUCCAAAAGACUCUACAUCCCAAAUACCAACUACAAGUACUCUUGUUAAUGUAUCAGAUAAAAACGUAAUCUUAGGGUACUGCUCGAACUGUUAUAGCGAAAUCGUUUUGCGGUAUAUUUAUUGCGAGAUGUGUAAAAUCAAUAUUUGUCUAGAGUGUUUUUCGAAAGGAGCAGAGUUUGGAAAACAUAACAAUAAUCACGAUUACAGGGUUUUAACGACCAAUUUUCUCUUGUUUGAUAAUUCUGAUUGGACGGCAGAAGAAGAGCUUAGGCUUUUAGAUUCUUUAAUAUCUUAUGGUAAUUGGAGUUUAGUAGCAUUAGACUUUCCAAACAGGACCUUGAAUGAAAUUAAAGAACACUACGAGUAUUUUUAUUUGGAUAAGAAUGGUAAUAAGAACCUUCCGAGUUACGAUAAAGAUCUUGGACUUCCUGAAAUUGUUGUUCCUUAUCGGUUCCGACUAACAGACUCAGAAGAUCCUCCUAGAUAUUCAUCAAAUACAAUCGGUUAUCAGUCAUUGGCAGGCUAUAAUCCUGCCCGAGGUGAUUUUGAGAAUGAAUAUGAUAAAAGUGCCGAAGACUUGUUAUCUUCUCUAGAAACUGUCGAUACUUCAGAUCCAUUAUACGAAACAUUAACAGAUAUACAGUGUUCAGUGGUUCAAAGCUAUAACAAUCGAUUACAAGAAAGGCAAAGAAGAAAAACAAUAAUUGCUCAGCAUGGAUUAUUAGUUUUUCGUAAAACUGUUUCAUGGCUGCACAGAUAUGACGCGACUAUAACGAGAAGUGUCUAUGAGAAAUUUAUGAGAUUUAUGCAUUUGUGUGAACCCACGAAAUUUGAAAUGAUUCUGGAAGGACUCCAUAGGGCGGGAGAGUUGAAAAUUAAAAUACAAAGGCUAAUUCAGUUAAGGAAAUUGGGAAUCACAACACUGGACGAGGGCAGGAUGUAUUUAAAGUUACAAGAGAUGCACGAAGAAAAGAAAAAGCAACUAAAAUUAUUCAGGAACAAUCCUCAGUUCAACUGGAAGAAUUCGAAAAACGCUAAUAUGGAAAUUUUUCCGAAAUUUUCGAAGAAAAGAUCGUCCUUUGUUCCCCUGGACAUUAUAGGGAUGCCAGGUUACGAUGAUUUGUCGGAAAAGGAAAGAGACAUGUGCAGUACAGUGAGACUUGUUCCGGUUACCUAUUUGGAGCUGAAGCAAAUUUUGAUUAGUGAAAAUUCGAAAAUGGGACAUGUAAAAUUACAGACGGCUAGGAGACUGUUAAAAAUUGAUGUUAAUAAAACUAGAAAGCUAUUUGACUUUUUGGUAACGGAGGGGUAUAUUUCUAAACCUGAAUAAUAAGGGUUUUGGUUUAAUUAGGCUUUUUAUUUUAAAAAAAUUGUUAAUUUUUGAGGUACAUGUAAGUGUUGAUUUAAUGUGUUAAUAUCCUUUAAAAUAAAAUCUACUUUUUUGAUGUAGGACUAUUAUAAUUUUAUUUUUUUAAUUUUAUAAAAAAAAAUAUUUUUGUAGAUUGUACCUAUAUGGCAUAAAAAUGUUAAAAUAUUACUAAUAUUUUUUUAAUUUAUUAUAACAUUUUCAAGUUUGAUAUAAGUUAGUUAAUGGUAUACAUCAAUAACUUUGGCAAUAAUUGGAAAAUGAGUAAAUUAGAUUGAUUUUGAUAUUUGAAUAUUCUCAAUAUUGUUGAAGUAAUAAACAGUAUAUGUAUUAAUUAACAAUAUAUUUUUUGUAU